ACAAGUACAAUGCAGAACUGAACUGAAGACGAACAUUCAAAAGAACAAUUGCUACUACAAAGUACAAGUACUGUCUUUAGCUUCCCACAUACUAGUAUAGUAUGUCCUUCAGCUGCAUAGGCCAUAGCACAGAUCCGGACCUGUCUAUCUACCAGGAGUUGUGUACCGUCAGUGUCUUUUGAACCUGCCAGUUGACGGACCCUAGUGUUUUUCGUUUUUUUUCCAAAGGUUCGCUCGCAUCAACACACCUGUUCUCAGAAUGACACCUGAGCUGCAGCUGCUUUAGUUCCUGUUUUUUUUUAAUAGUACUUCCGCGCACUACAUUGGAGGAAUGUUAGUUCGAGGUGGUGUCACUUGGAUCGUGACGUUUGCUAUUUGCUGGUACUCAGCAAUUAAGCUUAGCUCUUCAGCUGAUACGAGCAAUUUCAAAAAGUGCCAAGAUGUUUCAUUCUGCAGGCAUCACCGGCGUCAUGCUAAUACAAGGAGGAGCACACAGUACAACAUUGUGGCCGAUUCGGUGAAACUUCACAGCUCUUCUGUGUUGCAGUUUAGCGUGGAAACGCCGCAACGGAAGAAUCACCUCGACUGCCAGCUCCAUGGACUGGCGCAGAAGACGCUGCGGUUACAGGUGCGCGAGCGUGAUCCCAUUCGUAAACGCUACGAGGUCGAGGAUUCCCUGGCGGCACCGCCUGAGCCUGCCGAUGAUGGGCUCCCAAUCUCAUCGCAAACUGAUUCAUCGACUGAACUACAGUUUGGCGAUGCGACUGUUCAUCUCAAGUAUGCCCCGGUUUCCUUGCGUGUCAGCGUCAAUGGAGUCGACGUCUUGUCACUGAAUUCGAAAAAGUUGCUGGAGUUCCGCUCUAGUCAGUCCAGAGAGCAAGCAAGCAAGGCUGCGAUCAAAGGGGGCGACUGGGAGGAAACGUUCAAGACAUUCAACGAUUCCAAGCCGUUUGGACCACAGUCAAUAGGCCUAGACGUCACCUUUCACAAAGCCAAGCAAGUGUACGGAAUACCAGAGCAUGCAGAUUCCUUUGCUCUACAACCCACAAUGUCAAAGAAGCACGUCCUCCGUGAUCCGUAUCGCUUGUACAACCUGGACGUGUUCAAGUAUGAAGUGAACACCAACACAGCAUUGUAUGGGUCUGUUCCACUCAUGCUCAGUCACAGUGCACAGCUGACUGCCGGUGUCUUUUGGAACAAUGUCGCUGAGACCUGGGUUGACGUCAACGAACGAAAAGGUGAUGCGGAGAUCAGCACGCAUUGGUUCUCGGAGUCCGGCAUUAUCGAUGUGUUCCUCUUUCUCGGCCCUAGUCCAGCUGACAUCUUUCAGCAAUAUGCCACUUUAACUGGCUACUCUCCACUGCCUCCCAUGUUUGCGAUCAGCUAUCACCAAAGUCGCUGGAACUACAACGACGAAGGAGAUGUGUACAAUGUUGUGAAUGGGUUUGAUGAAGAUGAGAUUCCAGUCGAUGUCAUCUGGCUGGAUAUUGAGCACACCAGCGAGAAGAAAUACUUGACAUGGGACAGGGAGCGCUUCCCUGACCCGGAGCGCAUGCAGGACCAACUGUGGUCGGUGCAUCGACGCAUGGUAUCUAUCAUUGAUCCUCACAUCAAGCGAGAAGAUGGCUAUCAUGUCCACGAUGAGGCCUCACAGCAGGACUUCUACGUGAAGUCUCGGAACGGCAGCGCCUACGAGGGCUACUGCUGGCCAGGUCAGUCGUCUUGGAUUGACUUUCUGAAUCCCGCUGCACGUCAAUGGUGGGCAGGGAAAAUGUCACUGGAAAAGUUCAUGGGCUCUACCUUAUCUCUAUUUGGCUGGAAUGACAUGAAUGAGCCCUCUGUGUUUGACGGUCCCGAGAUCUCCAUGCACAAGGAUGCCGUGCAUGACGGAGACUGGGAACACCGGGAUGUGCACAACAUCUAUGGCUUCUACCAGCACAAAGCAACCAUGGAUGGUAUGCUGGCAAGGUCUGAUGGCAAAGUUCGACCCUUCGUCUUGUCAAGGGCUUUCUUUGCUGGCUCGCAGCGCUUCGGGCCAGUGUGGACGGGCGACAACACGGCGGACUGGUCUCACCUGAAAAUGUCCAUACCCAUGCUACUGUCGCUGGGCUCUGCGGGACUUUCAUUCUCCGGUGCUGAUGUUGGUGGCUUCUUCGCCGACCCGGAUGUGGAGCUUCUUCUGCGAUGGUAUCAGGCUGGUGCUUACCAGCCGUUCUUCAGGGCCCAUGCACACUUGGACUCACGUCGCCGAGAGCCGCACCUCCUGCCGGAGAGGGUGCGCCAGGUGGUGCGCAGUGCGGUCAUGCAGCGCUACAUGCUGCUGCCUUACUGGUACACGACCUUCUGGACGGCUUCCAAGACCGGCUUGCCUGUCAUGCGUCCUCUAUGGCUGGAGUUUCCACGUGACGAGAAAGUGUUCGCCCUGGAUGACGAGUAUCUCAUCGGCAAGGACUUGCUUGUAAAGCCUGUCACUGAGUCGUACGCUGAGUCCUGGCCGGUCUACCUGCCUGGCAAAUAUCAGCUAUGGUACAACUUUUUUGACUACGCGCGCUUCACCGGUGGCAAGUCUCACAUCAUGAAAGUCGGUAUAACCACCAUUCCAGUCUUCCAGCGCGCUGGCAGUGUGGUGGUGACCAAGGAUCGACUGCGUCGCUCAUCCGAGGCAAUGCUGCAUGAUCCCAUCACCCUCAGGGUUGCACUGGACAGCAAGCUAAGAGCAAGUGGAGAACUGUAUGUUGACGAUGGGACUACGUAUGCGUAUCAGAACAAUGAGUAUCUUCAUCGCCGCUUCACUUUCUCCAACAACAAGCUGACAUCAAAGUCUGCUGAUGAAACUGGCAGUUACAAGACCAAAUCCUGGGUGGAGAAAGUCCUGGUAAUCGGCUUGAAGCGGGAACCUAACUCCAUCAUCAUGUCUUUGAACAAAAAGAAAAUUGACCUCAACUUCUCGUGGCUGAAAGAUCAGCGCACGGCAGUGAUUCGAAAACCGGACGUUAACCUUAGCAAGGACUUUUCUAUAGCUUUCACUUGAAUUGACUAGGAUGGUAGAUCCGUUUUUACUCGUAUUCGAAAUGCUUUCUUACUCCCUGUUUCAUGUUUUUGAGUCAUGCUGGCUCUGACAGACUAGCUGCUCCUUCUCCUCCAGCAGCUGUGCUCCACUACCCUAUGCUUGGUCCAUACUCAGCUGCUCCCACCCCGCCCCGCCUUGAGAGCUAUCCAUCAGUUGCUGCACAGUGCUUGCUCUUCACUAUGGCUGUCGAUUAUGCUGCUUUUUUAAAUUGAACUGCAACAGGGUGUGAGCCUGUCAGUCCCUCAAAGCUUUUAAUAUAUUCUUUCUACUUCAAAGUAGUAGGCGUCUGGGAUGAUCUGACAUCUGCACAUGGUGGUUUUAUACUUCUGACAUGGUGCUCCAUCCAAGGAGAGAUGGACCAGCUAUUGCCUAGAUGUUGCCGUGGGCAAGUUGGAUCAGAAACACGUGAACUCGGCAUACAGUGCACUUUACUCCAGCUUGCUUGCUGUUCGCCUGGAUUUUCUUACCUCCAUCCCCUUUCAAGUGUUUCUGCAUGUAUUGGGAGCGAUCGUACCCUCAA